CCACCAUGUGCGCGCAGGGAUUUCGUCCAUUGCCUCCCCGAUGCCAUGCCCGACUCCGAAGUCCUCAUUCACAUCUCCGCGCCCGGGACCGUCCGUGACGAUGCACGCUAUCGGGCUCAAGUCGAGGCCAUCCUCGCAUUCCAGGCCUCCACCCGCCAAGUGAUCACCUUGCGAUCGGACAAUGACCAUACCGAUGAAGUGAACACCGCCGACAGCGCACAACUGGCCGCCUCAUCGGCGGCAGUAGGAUCGACCGCGAACGUCAAUAGUGGUGAGGCUGACGAUGAUAAUCGAGAGCUUAACACUGGCUCUUUGCAUAUACUCCAUCGGCAACCAGAAACAAUACCAGUCUUGGCCGGGGUCUUUUCACCUGGCCAGCGAACUCAGCACGUCGCCGACUCUCUCGGAACCCCCAUUAGUGUGGUUCCAGACUCGCAACCCGAACAAACUCAGCAGGAUAUCCUCGCCUUGCAAGAGAUCAAUUCUCCUGUCACUGCCACCGUACGCGCUCACAGAUCGUCGCCACCUAUAACGGACGUUCCUCCAGCGAAGCGGACUCGGGUCAGUCCGCCUGGUAUACCUGAAAAACAGGGAGAUGACGAACCCCUGCCCGGAAGCCAAAACAAACCAAGUUAUAAUCAACCGUGGCAUGAGCACGCACAAUCCACCCCAUCCGUCCCUAACCUCUCUUCAGCACUUGAUACCCCUUGCCACGACACGCCCUCUACGAAGAAUGCCCUAGUAACGACGCCCCUCAAGAUCCACCCGCCAUUACCCCCAGUCUCCAGAUUACCCUUCAAAACCCACAUCACUCCAACCCUCGCGAUGCUAGCCACGCGUCUCCGCUCAGGACGAACGUAUACCCCAGUCAAACAAACGCGAGAUCUGGACCCCCUCGAACGAGGGUACUGGUUCCUCCACUUAACUCUCGUUCCAUCCGAAUCCUCGCCAUCACCUACUGCACCCGAUGGCAAUUCCGUCAGCACCAACACCAGUACAACCUGGGACGUCUCCUUCUUCACCCGCUUCUGGACUUUUUUGUCCGAUUUCAUCAACAAGGAGGGUCGUGCAGGCUGGGGCGUAUGGUGCAUUCUCGAGGAUGCGCAGCCACCAACAUCCCUGCAGGAACCCAAACAAUCGACCCCCGAACCCCCCGUUUCCCUGCCAGGUGCAGCGGCGGUAGAAACGCAGCGCUUGACGCUCAAAGUCUACGCGUGGGGGGAGAUUGCCUCACAUACAUACCUACUCUUGUUUCUAGCUAGUGAGCGACGGAUCCGGCGCAUGGGGGCGCAGUGGCGCGACGGAGGUGAUGAGGUUAUCAUAGAGAUGCCGUAG